CUUUCUUUCUUUCUUUCUCCCUUAUUUUAUAUUUCUAUAUAUUUGUCUUCUAUCACUUUCUUCCAUCUCGCGUGUAUUUCUCUCUCUCUCUCUCUCUCUCUCUUUCUCUUUCUCUUUCUCUCUCUCUUUAUUUUCUCUUCGUCGGGUAAAACUGAAAAGGACGACGUAGAAGAAACAGUAGAAGAAGAGGAAAGAGAAGAAGAAGAAGAAGAAGGAGAAGACGACGAAGAAGGAGAGGAAGAAAAGGAAAGGAGAAGAAAAGGAGAGAAAAGAGAGGAUCGACGUCCCAAGUCGGAGCAAGGACGAGGACGACGGCGGCGGCUACGGUGUCCUGGGGGUGAAUUAGCGCGAGGGUGGAGUACAACUUGCGCAAUAAUGGCGGAGGUUGCAACGAAGAAGUCAAUAAGCGUAGUAAGUAACAAGAAGAACGAGGUUUGCGGUGUUCAAUCUAACAACGGUUUGAUCGAUUUGGAUAACAUUACCGCGACACAUAACAAGCAACUAAUAUCUCUCUGUGACAACAACGACGACGAGGACGAUCUCGUUUUAACUAACAACACGCGCAACGAAUUGGCUACGGAAGACAAGAGCCUUCAGGAAUUGAUAGAAAAUGAAUUGGCCUUGAGAAUAUGUUCAAACAACGGGGAUAAAAAGAAGGAUAAGAAAAACGAUGAUGAUGAUGAGAAUGACGUUGUAGAUGAUGAUAAUAACGAUGAUAAUAUCGUUAAUAUCGAGGAUGAAAAGAAUCGAUUGGUAAAAAUGAAUGAAAUCGAAGAAGAUGAAGAACAACAACAACAACAACAACAACAAUCCGGUCAAUCGGAUACGGUAAAAAGGAUUCUAUUUGACCGACAGGACGAUCAGUUUCGGGUUAAUACAGAUUUCAUUGUUGCCGAAUUAGAACAUUGUGCGUUGAUCGAGGAACCAUAUGGUUAUCAAAAUGGCCACGUAUCGCCUGUAAUAACCAACAAUGUAAAAUCUGAAGAACAUAAUAACGAGAUUAAAAAGGAACUCGUAGAUUUUGAUAAGGAUAAGAUCGAUGAUGUAAAGGAAACAUUUAUGAUCGAUCAGAUCGAUCGUGAAAGAAACGAGAAGGAAGAGGAUGAUAAGGAUAAAGAGGAAGAGAUGAAUGUCGAAAAAAUUGAGAAGGAUUUAUUCCUAAGAUCUAAUAAAAUGCACGACGAAAAUGUAAUACCUAAUCUCGAUGACGUUAAAUUUGAAAUUGACGAUAACAACGUUGAUAUUGAAUCUAAUCGCUCAACAGAGAUUAAUAUUUCUAACUUUAUGGAUAAUUCUUCUCCUUUAUCUUGUCGCAACAAGUAUCAACAGGAGGAGGAGGAGGAAGAGGAGGAGGAGGAGGAGGGAUUGAUCGAUAAUAAAUCAUUCUCAAACAAUACAUUUGAUCGCAUUGAAACUGAGAUCAUUGAUGAUGAAUUAUCUGAAAAGAAAAUUAUCGAUCGUACGGAUGAUACGUGGAUGAACAAACGAGAGGAGGGUGAACAAUCGGAAGGACAAUUUUCCGACAAUUUUGAGGAUCCUGAAAAAUUUUCUAUGACGUCGAUUAACAAUGAUAAAUUAAAUACUAUCGAUACGAAUGAAUCUCUAAUAGAUAAUAAUAAGAUGGAAUAUUUUCGUAACGACGAUAAUAUCGUCGUUGGAAAUCAAUCGAUUAACGAAUCUACAGCUAUGAUCGCAGAGAUUACGAACAACAAUAGUAAGGUCAUUGAAAGUCCACAGGAUGUUUCGUCGAAUAAAUCGAGAAGUUUCGACGACGUUACUUUGAGCCAAUCGGAAACGUCGACCGACGCAGCGAGUACCCAAGAAUUCAUAGACAUGGAACGUCGUGUAUUGAGCGAGGAAAAUGAAUCGAUUAUUAUUGAACGUAAUAACGACGUUGAUGAUAACAAACGUUUUUCGGAGGAUGAUUUAGAUCUUAGGAACGACGUUCAAUCGUUAAAAACUUAUAACAAAGAUACAACAAAGGAAUUUGAUUUUGAGGAGGCUAAUGAUUUGAGAAACUUCGAAAGAUUUGAAAUUAAUGAUAAACGUCAACAAUUGACGGAUUCAACGAUUUUGUUAGAAAAAACGGAGAUUGUCGUAAGCGCCAAAAAUGUAGCUAUCCAUUCCGAAACCAAACGUGUCGAAUCAUUUAUGAUCGAUAAAACCGAACGAUCUACCACCGAUCAAAUUAAUAAAUUCGACUCGUGGAUGACCGUUGAGGAAGCAACGAGAAUCGAGGAGGAUGUUGAAAUCGAAAAGGAGAGACACCAUGAGGAAAUAUUGACGAUAGAAAGGGAGGACACUAACGAAACGAUCAUAACCGAUAGCGAUAGGUCGACUCAAGACGAUCACCUUGCUGCUUCCUCUCCCCGUGCACCCUUAGCCACUCCGGAUGACGAGACGAGCGAUAUUAUUAACGUGUGCGAUAGCGAAAGUCGCGAGGAGAAGAUAACAACGACGAGCAGUACAACGUCGACAAUUACAACGGUGAUGAGCAGCUCGUCUAAGGGCGCUGCCGGUGUUACUAAUAAAACAAAGAAGAAGAAAAUCGAGGGGGUAGCUGGUAACGAUGCAUCCCCUAAUCUCACUCCACGUACUAAGAAAACUAAGAAGAGUAAGAAGAGUGAUUUAGAAAAGGAGAACAUAUCCGUGGUAAGUCUUAUAUCCUCAACCCUCCUUUCUCUCUCUCUCUCUCUCUCUCUCUGUCUCCCUUUCUCUCAUUUCCUUCCCCUCCCUUCCCUCCUCCCUCUCUUUAUGGAUUCGCCGGAACGUGAAAUAUAUCGUGAUCCUGACGUUGUGAGGGCUGACGAUAGGGUAGACGAAGUCGUACACACGGACACAGCAAGAAAGAUGCUUUCGAUUUUCCGGCAAAUGGAGGAGAAUGCGUGCAAGGAGGAAUUGCCAGAGGGCCCGAAACCUUUGAAACGUUUCACGCCACCACCGGAGGACAAGUUUGCGAAACAAACAGCCUCCGAUUCCGAAGAGGAUGAAGAGGAGGAAGGUGAGGAGUCUGAAGCCGACGAGAGUGCCGAGGAAAGAGAUCCAAAUUACGUCAGAGCCUCCGAUAAGGUCGAGGACGAAUUCUUAAAGCAGGCACAGAAUGCUGCGCGUGCCAAGACAUUGCGCGCGAAAUUCGAACACUGGGAAGAGACCGACGGUAAACCGAGUAAUCACAACAUUGCCGAGAUGGAAAUAGCUCAGAGUACAGGCGAUCAGUCGAGCAUAGAAUCAGCGAGCAGUCUUAGAGCUCGUUUCGAAUCACUCGGAUCACAGACCAAUGAGUCUCCUCGUGCGCCAAAAAUUAAAGUCAAUCGAUUUGUGGAGAUUCAAGCAAGCUGCACAGAUGUCUGUGAAAGUUGCGAAAAGAAAGUAUAUCCACUUGAGAAGGUCGAAACAAAUAACAAAAUUUUUCACAAACAGUGCUUCCGAUGUCUUCAAUGCAAUUGCGUUUUAAGGAUGGACACGUUUACGUUGAACAACGGUAAAUUAUAUUGCAUCCCACACUUCAAACAACUUUUUAUAACUCGAGGCAAUUACGACGAAGGAUUCGGCGUAGAUCCACAUAAGAACAAAUGGGCGACGAGCAACGCGAAUCAAGCUAACGUAUCACCAAUCGCAGUUUCAAACGGUGACCUCUGAUUGCCCCCGUCGUUAAUCAGCACAUUAAUUCUGUCUGAUCAAAUUUCCACAUCCUGCGAUCAAUCGAGAAUCGCGUUUUAUAAUAACAAUACAUAUUCCGAUUACUUUGUAAAUCCCCUUUUCAUUUUUAUUCGUGAUUAGAGACGAAAAGAAAGAUCAAAGACGAGGACGAAAUAAAAGAGAGAAAAAAAAAACAAAACAAAACAAAAAACAAUUGGCAAUGCGAGCGAGCGACGUUGUCAUUUUAAAUUUUCAAGUUCCAACGGUAAUAAAAGGGCCCGGAAGGGGGGUGGGGAAGGAAGAGAGAUUAUACUAGCGCCUUUUUUUCUUUGUUUUUUUAAACAAAAAAAAAAAAAAAAUUCAUUCGAAAGUAAAACAGAAACGAAAUUGAAGAAAAAAUGAAAGGAGGGAAGAGAAAAAAAAGAAUAAAGAAAACAAAGAGUAAUAUAGAAAAAAAAAAAAAAAAGAAGAAUAAUAAAAUAUAACAAACGACAUACAAUUUUAUUCUAUCGAAAUCAUUAUAAAUUUUAAUGAGAGAAAUGACAAAUGUACGAAACGUAAGAGAUAAAAGAAAAAAAAAGAAAAAAAAAAAAAAAAAGAAAUAUUACAUAUAUUCAUAACAUGGCGGCGAACGCCGACGACGCCAUAUUGUAGAGAAGAAAAAGAGGAAGAUGAAAAAAAGAAAAAGAAAAAAAAAAAACAAAAGAAAAUUAAUCUCUCGCUAGAAAAAGGAAAAAAAUAACUAUCAAACAAAUCGUAUUAAUUAUCGAAGUAUGUCAGACGCUUUAUUUCUUUUUUUCUCUUUUGCUUUUUUCUAUUUAUAUUUAAAGUAACAACGUCGGUGUCGACUUUAUGUAAAAACUUUUCCGACAUUAUUUUCUUUUCUAUCCUUUUUUUUUUUAAUUAUCAUUAUUAUUAUUAUUAUUAUUAUUAUUAUUAUUAUUAUUAUUAUUAUUAUACUCCUACUUUUUAUCUACGUCGUCAUUCGUUUUAUCUUUCAAAAAUAUGUAAAUUCUGAAAACAUGUAAACACGAAUUUUUUUCGUCUCUCGUCCCAAUAUAAUAUACUUAUUACUUGUUUUGUUUAUAUAACUAUUUUUUUUUUCUUUUUACUCCUUUUAUUUCUUUUCUUUUUUAGAAAUAACAAUAACUCUCACGCGACUUUUUAUUUGCAUAUAAAUCUCUUUUGGUCCAAUCCUUAAAUAAGUAUUGGCCAACACAACAUAUUUAUUAUUCCCUUUCGCUACGUGUUCGUACGCAUAUUUUCUUUUUAUUAUUAUUAUUAUUAUUAUUAUUAUUAUUAUUAUUAUUAUUAUUAUUUAGAUUAUUAUUUAGAUUAUUAUAUUAUUUUAUUAUUAUUAUUAUUAAUUAUUAUUAUUAUUAUCAUUAUUAUUAUUAUUAAAUUAUCAUCUCAGUAUGUCUCGUCACGUAAUUACAUCGAACGAUCCUAAACGUUCCUAAAAUGAUAUCAUUUAAACGAAAAUAAAAUGAGAAAAAAAAAAAAAAGAAAUCAAACGAAAGAGAGAGAAAAAUAAAAAAAAAUUAUUGAGAAUUGGAUGAAUUAACGUGUUUGAGAGAUACGAAUGCGUUAUACAUUAAUUAUAUUCGACGAUAUCAUUGUUUCGAAUUGUAUUUUAAAUGAUCGUAAUAGAUUAACGUUAUAACAACUAACGCGUUCAAAUACACACACACACACACAUACACAUACACACACAUAUUCGUAUAUUAUAUGUAUUUUAAAAUAUUUACUUGACUUUUUUGUCGUUUAAAUUAAUUUCAAAAACAUUGAAAUAAUGUAAAAGGAAAGUUCUAAAAGAAAUAAUGAAUUCAUUUAAGAUCGACAAGAUAUUUUCAAUAUGAUCUAUGGGGAUCUACAAAUUUUUAUAGAUUUGUUCGUGGACAGUCCUGGUUUUACAUAGUUAAUUUUAUAUAUACAAAUCUUUAUUGAAUUUUAAUUGAAAAUUUUAUUGCAUUAAUAUAUAUAUAUAUAUAUAUAUAUAUAUAUAUAUAUAUAUAUAUUAAUUAAAUAUAUAAGAAUUUUAUUUGAAAUAUGAGUUUCUUUGAUCGUUUUACCGAUUAAUCACAAAUGACGGAUUAUAUUGCAUAGAUAAGUUUAUUGUGUCGCGUUCGACAUUGAGACGAAAAAAAAAAAAAAAAAAAAAAAAAAAAAAAAAAACAAUAAAUGAAUAAA